CCCCCCUCCCGGGUGACAGUGUCCCUUGAACAGCUGCCGGCCUGGCCCAGCUCCAGAACCUGCUUUGCCUCCCGUUCUGCUGUGGCCGCAGCGUCUCUGCUGACUCACGCACCCCAGCAGCCAGCAGGAGCUGGGAGCAUGGGCUCCCCAGGGGCCACGGCUGGUUGGGGGCUUCUGGACCCCAGAGAAAGCUCAUAUCACAGCUGGAGAAGGCCGGGGAGUGAAUCCUGACAGAGCCACCAGCUUCCUGCAUGGACUUCACGGGACCAUCAGGAAGGGGAUGGAAGUCACAGCUUAGACAUGGGUGGAUCUGGGACUUUCAUGGGGACCCCUCCCACCCCCAGGGACUGGGGCCCCUCAGGUGUGUGCCGUUCCUAGCCCUAAUCUGAAACCCCUGAAUGUCUGGGCAGAGACCCAGCUGGGGCAGCCGAGAGCUGCAGCCCUGGGAAAAUGGAAACAUAUGUCGGAGUUGGCAAACAGCGAUUGUCUCGGUCUGCUGAGGGCAGUGGGUGCACUGUGGCUGCCUGGGUGGGCAGGGACCCCUCAGGCUCAUAUCCCCAUGGGGCCGAGGGCCUCGCUGUCCCCGGGCAGGCCCCAGGGCACACACUGCGCCAUCUUGGAGCCCUGGGAAACCAAGUGCUCUCUGAACAUCACAGCCCUUUCCAGGUAGCCUCCUUGGAUCUCAUCUCUGCUCCCCGGAUCUGGGGAUGGAUCUUGACCCCAGUGCUGUUGAGGGCCCCAUUGGCCCCUUGGAGAUGUGGGUGGUGCCCAGGUUGUGUGAGGAGGUGUGUGUGGCUCCCUGCUGAGCUGGGCAGAGGGCACUAUCCUUCAUCACCCCUUCGCAGGCCUCACAGUCUUUGCUGUGGCUCAGGGACCAUCACCUGGUUCCCAAGGGAAGGUGGGGACACAAUGCCACAAAGAAAGCCACCGUGGACAUGGUACAGGCCAUGGGGAUGGCUGUGUAGUUGUUAUUGUGGAUCUGCUGGGACCACAAGCCCCUUCCCUGCCUGCCCACUCCCCACUCACACCUGGGGUUGGGCACGCUCAGUUGGCAGGUGCAGGGCAGAGCAUCCACUGCACCAGGCUGGCCUCAGCCCAUCCCUGAAGAUCUGGAGCUCAGCACCAGGGCUCAGGUCCUAAUGUCCUCAGGCUCCUCAACCUGGGCCAGCCUGCCAGCCCCCUGAGCUUGCCCAGGACAAAAGGGGCAAAGCAUCAGCAGAAACUCCUGGCCGUCCUCAUGGCCUGGUGGGCAGCUCCAUGUGGCCAGGCUCCUGGGCAGGCGGCCGGCUGAGUGGCUGCAUCUCCUGCUCCAUCUCCACCUGGCUGUCUCUACCUGAGGACUCCCGCAGGUUCAGCUUGCUGUGCCGGAUGCCGGAGCCGAAAUACAGGGUGCUGCUGCUGGUGGGCCCCCAGGACGGCGAGACUGAGCAGGAAGAUGACUCCUCUGGACAGAAGCAGCAGGAUGUAGCCCCAACGAGGCAGGUGCAGGACCGAGUCCCCGAAGUCCAACACACAGCCCAGGGUGACGGCCGAGGCCACCAGGAGGCCCAGCGCCCAGGUCAUGGCUGUUCCAUGGCCACACCUGUCCAGGAAGCACAGGAACUGCACCGGCACCUCGAGGUCCAGCAGCAGCACCAGGGUGGCCAUGAGGAACCCAAACACCAGGAUGGCUGCCACGGGGACCUGCAUGCGAGGAUGGACGUGUGCAAACACCUGGAAGAGCAGCCUAUUGACGCCAUGGUGUGUCCUGGGGUCCGGGAACCAGAGGACAAGCCCGGAACCGAGGCUGUCUGUGCCGAGCCUCCAGCCACAGGCCCCACCCUUGACAGCACGGCCAGCUGGGCAUGGAGGACCCUGGGGGACCCCAACACAGUCCCCCACUAGUCACUAUGCGGUGCCACCAGGCAGCCCACACACUCCUUUGGGUUGAUUUUUUUCUUCUGCUUUUCUUGCAGCUCAGAGAAUGAAAAAGGUGGUGUGAAAAGGGACUUGUUUCUCUGCUGCAAAACAACCACCAAACCAAGCAAAGCAAAACCCAACCAAACCAAAACAGGCAUCCUCUUCCCCCAGAACUUUAUUUUAGUUUUUUAAGUGUGUUUUCAGAUAUCUAGGUGGCUGGUGGAAUUGGAUCUUCGGGCACCUGCCGCCUGGCUGGCUCAAUGGCAGUGGGAAGGUGGGCUCAGGACAAGACAGUGUGUCUUGGAACCCAGCGCCCUAGCCAGCCUUCUCCGCCCUGUCUGAUAUUUGCCUGACAGCAUCUUGAAGAACUUCUCAGACAGGUUUCCACUUCCUGCAGGGAGGACAGCUCCCCACGCCCCACCCUGGGCCUCAGGUGUCACCUAAACAUAAGUGAGAAGAGGUCUCUUGUCCUGCACUGCCUCCACAAAGAUGUAAUUCAGCACCCUCCAUUUUUUAUUAUUUAUUUUAUUUUCCUUCUUUAUUACACAAAAGGUGGCAUACUACAUAUAUUCAU